UCACUGCGCGGCGCCGCGGCGUGGUGGCGGGCCGUCCCCGCGCCAUGGCCGACAUGGAGGAGCUCUUCGGCAGCGACGCCGACUCGGAGGCCGAGCAGAAAGAUUCCGAUUCCGGAUCUGAAUCCGAUUCUGACCAGGAGAACGCUGGCUCUGGUAGUAAUGCUUCUGGAAGUGACAGCGACCAGGAUGAUGACAGGGACGCAAUAAAACCCAGUAAUAAGGAGCUAUUUGGAGAUGAUAGUGAGGAUGAAGGGGGAUCCCAUCACACAGGGAGUGACAACCACUCUGAACGGUCCUACAAUCGCUCUGAAGCUUCGGGACAUUCUGAGCAUGAAGAUAACGAUCAGUCAGACGUGGACCAGCACAGUGCUUCAGAAGCUGCUCAUGAUGAUGAGGAGGAUGAUCGCGGGCAUGGAUCAGAUGAAGGCAGUCAUCAUUCAGAGGGAGAUGGUUCUGAAAAAGCACAUUCGGAGGAUGAGAAGUGGGGCAAGGAGGACAAAAGUGAUCAGUCAGACGAUGAGGAGAGACAGCAGAACUCUGAUGAUGAGGAGAGACAGCAGAACUCUGACGAUGAGGAGAAAGUGCAGAACUCUGAUGAAGAUGAAAGGCCACAGAUGUCUGAUGAUGAGGAAAGACUCCAGAACUCAGACGAGGAAAAAAUGCAGAACUCCGAUGAUGAGGAGAGGCCACAGGCCUCGGAUGAGGAGAAGAUGCAGAACUCAGAUGAUGAUGAAAGGGCCCAGCAUUCUGACGAGGAGAAGAUGCAGAACUCUGAUGAGGACGAAAGGGCCCAGCAUUCUGAUGAGGAGGACCAAGAGCAUAAAUCUGCAGAGUCUGCAAGGGGCAGUGAUAGUGAAGAUGAAGUUCUGCGAAUGAAGCGGAAGAAACCAAUUGCAUCAGAUUCGGAAGCGGACAGUGAUGCAGAAGGACAGAAAGAGCAUGCAGAUGUCAUGGAUCUGUUUGGAGGUGCAGAUGACAUUUCCUCAGGGAGUGAUGGAGAAGACAAGCCACCAACUCCAGGACAGCCCAUUGAUGAGAACGGACUGAGUCAGGAACAGCAGGAAGAAGAACCUAUUCCAGAGACUAGAAUAGAGGUAGAAAUACCCAAAGUAAACACAGACUUGGGUAAUGAUUUGUAUUUUGUGAAGCUGCCCAACUUCCUUAGUGUGGAGCCCAGACCUUUUGAUCCCCAGUAUUAUGAAGAUGAAUUUGAAGAUGAGGAGAUGCUUGAUGAAGAGGGUAGAACUAGGUUAAAACUCAAGGUAGAAAACACAAUACGAUGGCGGAUGCGACGGGAUGACGAGGGGAAUGAGAUCAGAGAGAGCAACGCGCGGAUAGUCAAGUGGUCAGAUGGAAGCAUGUCUCUCCACUUGGGCAACGAGGUGUUUGACGUGUACAAGGCACCACUACAGGGAGAUCACAACCAUUUGUUUAUCAGACAAGGGACAGGUCUACAAGGACAGGCUGUUUUCAAAACAAAGUUAACCUUCAGGCCACACUCUACAGACAGUGCCACUCACAGGAAGAUGACUCUGUCUCUGGCAGACAGAUGUUCAAAGACCCAGAAAAUUCGUAUUUUGCCAAUGGCAGGUCGUGAUCCGGAGUCUCAGCGCACAGAAAUGAUUAAGAAAGAGGAGGAGAGAUUAAGAGCUUCCAUUCGUAGAGAAUCUCAGCAGCGCAGAAUGCGGGAGAAGCAGCAUCAGCGUGGGCUGAGUGCAAAUUAUUUGGAACCUGACCGCUACGAUGAAGAGGAUGAGGGAGAUGAUGCAAUCAGUCUAGCAGCCAUCAAAAACAGAUACAAAGGUGGCAUCAGAGAGGAACGUGCUAGAAUCUACUCUUCUGACAGCGAUGAAGGCUCAGAUGAAGAUAAAACACAAAGACUACUCAAGGCAAAGAAACUUAAUAGUGAUGAGGAAGGUGAACCUUCAGGAAAGAGAAAAGCAGAGGAUGAUGACAAAGCAAGUAAGAAGCAUAAGAAAUAUGUGAUCAGUGAUGAAGAGGAAGAUGAUGACGAUUAAUAUCAAGGAAGCACAAAAGUUGACUUUUUUUAUAUAUAUAUUUAUAUAUAUAUUGUACAGUUCUCUUACAGCAAAGAUGUAAGUAACCAUAAUGGGGUUAUUUUGAUAAAGGAAAAUUCCACGAAGUCUGCGUUUCUGGUGUGAAUAAAGUUUUUUUGACUUCCCUUUACUUUUUAAAGUUUUUCUCUUACUGCAGCAACUAUUGCACCAGGGAUCAUCACAGAGCUGAUUUUUAUCUUGCACAGUAUGUUUCAGUUUUGUGAAUUGUAGUAACUGGUUAUCUGAGUGAUUGCUCGGUGAUUCUUACUGAGUUCAUUGGGAGAAACCAUUCUUAAAGGGUAAGUUUGCCUGUCCAAGGGCAUGGUGAUUUAGCUUAGUGUUUGUAUGGAAGGGUUGGAAGAACAUAUGAUUGGUAUGGUACAGUUCUGGGUUUUAUUCCUAGAUAUUCCGUAUUUCCUGUCGACUCUGGACAGUGUGUUACUAUGCUGGUAUAUUUUGAUGACUGAAAAUAUUUCUUAUCAUGUUUGACUAAACUAUGAAGUUCCUGCAGUUAGAAUUGUUCACUGAUCGCAUGAGACACUGAAGCCCAGAAGGAAAAUCCACAUCUUGCCUGAGCAUUAAUAAUACUAAUACUAGUAACAGCAAUAAUAAUAAUAUUAGGCAGGUGUUAGUGACGUAAAUGUCAGAGUAAAAGCGCUUAUUUAAACAAAACUAAAAAAAAUUCUGCAAGCAGAGAUGAAAGUCUCCUUUAAAAGGUGAAAUGAGCCACAAUACAAAAAUGUAUCCUAAUAGCAGUGUCUUAUAAUCUCAUAUAAUCCUUCUGGUGCUAUUUCCUAUUGUUCCUGGUUGGUUUAUAAAUAGAUUUGUUCAGCUGGGAAGUCACUGGAGGAGAAUGGUGUGGACAGAAUCAUUGCUGCUUUUACACUAUUUCUAAACACCUUAUUUGAUGAUGCAAUGCUAGUUGUAAAGUGGGGAUAGGCUUGCAGAAAUAUCUGAACUUUUCCACACUUUCUUUCCAAGAUUAAAUAUCCCAUGUGUAGUUUCUCUCAUUGGUGAGAACAUUCAGAUGUUAUCUGUGUUGCUUUUUUAACUGAUUUUUCACACAGCCCUACAGAGUUUGGAUGUGGCUUGAAAAAGGUAACAGAAAGAAAAGAGAACUACUUAAUGCUUCUUUAAGCAAAAUCAUUGACAGAUGCUGUGAACAGUUUGUGGAUUAUUUGUGUUACCUCAGAUGAAAUAAAGUAGCUGAUAGUUAUGCAAGGACUGUUACCCACCUCUCCCCUGCCCAGCUGAAUUCUGCUUUUUUAUAAAAGAGUAGGGUGCAAAUGCCUCAUAGUGAGCAUUUUGCUCUCGUGACGCUCCCUGGUUCUUCGAGAUACAGCUUUCAACCUGGAUAUCUUGCUUUUGUCAUCUUUAAUUAGGCUGGUAGUUUGUCAGAAUGCUCUACCUCCGUUUCUCCUGCCUGGAAGGAAGGGGAAGCGUUCUGGCUGCAGCAGGACAGAGCUCUGCGUGUGUUAAUGUAUUCUGCUGAGCAGCUGACUGCAGCGCAGAGAUUUGCAAGUAUGAAAACAAAGUGGAAAACGUCAACUCGAAAGUCUGAGUGCCUGAGAAACUGUUCUUUUUUUCUGUAAUUAAAUUGUUAUCUAAGAGUUCCUGUGCCUCUUUAACGUGCAGAUAAAACCUUUCUCCAUCUGCUGGAAUUUUGACCCUGUAAUCCUCUUAGUUCAGACCUCUGCUGGGAGACUGGUUCCUUACAGGGGGUUACCUGCUUUCCGUUUGUAACCUUCUCAGGAAGAAGCCGUCUGUUUAGAAAGGGGCUCAUUCUAUAUGAAUGUAACUCUACGUUCACAUAAAAGCCUCCCAGUUACCUCUGAAACAACAAAUUGGUGUAUGGAAACACACCACCAUUUCACUGGUGAUGUGUUCGCUUUUAUGUCACUUAAUUAAAGUGUUGGCUAUUUUUAUUUUUGCUACACUCUGAAGAGUGAAAAUGUUUUAAUCGCUUUCAUAGGUUUGAUGCUGACUAAGCCUUUACCAAGUAAGUGGUCCGUUUUAGCUUCCAAAAAUUAGGCUUUUUGUGGAUUACAAAGAUGAAAAGAAGUAAUUUUUACACUGUCGUCUUUUGUAAAUUGCUCUUUGAAAGUCUUAUUUAAAUCUGGAAUUUUAGAAAGUGUUUUCUCAGCUUAAAUUGGUUUAACAAUCAUCUUGUAAUUAAAGUCACUUGAAUGAACUUAGCCUUACCCACAGCAUUUUUUUCGGUUGUGAGUCAAAUGUAUAGUUUUAUUUAAUUUGAAAGCAGUUUUUACUAUUCCUUUUCACAGCCUCCAAGCAGUUGAGAAUUACUUGGAAUUGUUUCUUAUUACCCAAAUUAAAAAUAUUAAGCCAAGGAAGGAGAAUGUGGAUGGAACUGUUUAUUCUUGUUCUGACUGGUCAGUACUUCUUCCAGAAAGGCCACAAUCUGAACAACUUCCAACAAUGAGAAGCAUAUUUGAAGAGCUGAUAUUAGCUGUCGAGUACUAGUUUUUCUGGCUCGUGGCAGGAUGUAGAAUAAAUUCUCUUGAAAGUCAUUGAAA